AACCGAACCGAACCGAACCGAACCGAACAAUGAGCCUUGCUUUCAAUACCCCGCACUGACCUUGGUCUCAGGAUCAUAUAUCAUUGAAUGUAACCUCGUCACACAGCCCAACAGUGGUCGUAACCCAGGCAUGUUAGCCCAAAGCAAAUCCAUUGCAGGCUCGUGGAAGGUUUUGCAUGUCCUGGCAAGGGCUGCAAGGGAUCUCUGCGUCAGAGAUUGAGUCCAGCCCUCUGUGGUUGGGAGCUGAUUCAAAUUGAUGAAUAUCUCCAGGAGGACUUCCGAGACAAAUAAAGCCCGAUGCAUUUGUUCUACGUUGAAGGAGAGGGGGUGCAUGAUAGUUGUAUCUGGAGCCAAGAGUCGGAGCGGAGAUCUGAAUCCCAAGACCGCGAUUGUCUCACUUCGAUCAUCAUAUCAUAUCCACUGAAAUAAUUAUUUGAGCUUCAACUUCGACAUGAGUUUCAGAAUGUUCGCCUCAAAGUUACCAGCCUCAGGCGAUCAUGUCAAUUCCAGCCGUUAACCGCAUGUUCUUAAUCGCAGCUUGGUUAGAGUCUAUAGUUUAUGUCAACUGUGUGCUUUUUGUCGUAUGUAUGUAUGCCCUGUUUAGUGGGCACAAAAAGGUGCAUUGGAUCAAUGCUAGCUCAUGCAUUUACCACAUUUCGGUCGCGACAGCACACAACAUCAUCUGCCUUAUUGUCGCUCUGCAGGCUUUCACAAAUCCUGCUGUAAUCUCCGUCCCCGACGGAAGUAGCCUAUACUUGCUCCAGUACACGGGCUUGACGAGGGCGAUGACGGGAUUGGUUAUUCUCAAUGCUUUCGGUCUAAAUAUACUGCUAAUCUGGAGGCUUCUUGUGGUUUAUAACUACAACCGGAUCCUUGGUUUUGUCAUGGUUACUCUGGAAACCGGUCAAUUCACCCUUAGUAUCGUGGAAUGGGUCUUGAUACCAAUCGAGCUCGGUCACAUCUCAAAUACUAUCCUAGCUUUGGGUAAAGCUAGUUGCGCGCUCGAUCUUGCACUCACUAUCAGUGUGACGUCCGGAAUCUCAUAUCGCCUUUGGCGCGCGAGCCGAAAUGUGAAUGGUUUAACUAGCAGCAACGCAUACAAAGCUGCCAUAUAUACUAUAAUCGAAUCCGGUGCAAUCUACACCGCUAGUGUUGUGGUAGUGUGCGCUCUGUUCCAGAUCGACAGCAACGCUGGUAUCAUAGGGGUUGGUGUUGCUGUUCAGAUUUCUACCUUGACUCCUCUUUUUCUCAUCGCCAGUAUCAGCUUUGGCCUGAUGCAGAGAAAUACACGUUCCGAGGCAGUAAUCACUAUGGGACCCACUUUCGCUCGACCAAUUCAGGUCACAAUCACCGAGGAGAUACGUACCCACCCUAUAGACACUGUGGAUUCCAGUUCACGAUCUACUGGGAAGAGUCAGAGUAUACGGUCAUAUCAUGACAAUGUAUAGUGACAUCGGCUAGGAGUAUCGCACGGAUUCAUCCUUCUAUCCAGGGAGGCAGACAUGAAAAAUUAUAAGCAGGGCUGCGAACUUGAGGAAUCCCAUCCGGAUUUUUCUACGCAGAUUUUCCUAGGUCGGCCAUAACUGCACUGGCCCCGCACUCUUUGUACGAGCUCCGAAGUUUUAGCGGUAGGCGGAGCCAUGUAUUACUAUCAGAUAGGGCCGAAGAUGCACCAUCCAAAAUCAGAAGUGCAGUGUUGCCUCUCGAGCUUUGGCGUGAGAUUGCUACUCUUCAUCAAAGCUAUCCGUGACGUACGUGGCCUCCAUGGUUAUCUGAUAUCUCCACUGUAGUUAUCCGCU